AUAUAUCUGGUUAAACUAAACCGAAACUGCGUCAAAAUAAAUUAAUUCAAUCCGGUUAAACUAAACCGAAGCUGCGUCAAAACAACGGAACCAAAUUAGAAUAUAAAUAAAGUACAUAAACCCUAAGAAGAACGCUUCUCAAUAGCUUCGUCGACUUAGCUUCACGGUGGUGGUAACAAUGGCUGCUUCUUCUUCCUUUCUUCAUCGAAUCGGCUUUCUCCUUCUUCUUACCGCCUCUCUCUUAUCGUCAGACGCGGCGGAGAUCAAAAUUAUUGGUCCCGGGAAGCCAACUUUGGAUGUUAGCCUUACUCCGUGUGAGCGAAUCCAAGUCUCCGGCUAUCCGAGAACCAAACUAGGCAAAUAUGCUAACACUAUUAGGGUAAACUUGCUUCCAAUACCAGAGAAGCUACACAGCAAAAUCCAAGUUUGUGUUCACCGGAACGCUACACUUAGAAUGUGCCACUGUGAGAAACCUAAUUGGAAAAAUCUCCAGAAAGGGAUCUGGAGCAGCUCCGUAAUGUCUCCGUAUGGUAAACAAUACAUUGAUGUGAGAUUCACUGGUAGUGGAUAUGAAUCGUCUGGUGGUUCAAUGGUCACCAUCAACGUUACAGAGGAUUUUCAAAAAUGGCGGAUCUUUUGUCUUGUGGCUGGACUCGUUGUGAUCUUGUUAGCACCAGUUGUUAGUAGCUGGCUACCUUUUUACUAUACGAGUUCAAUGGCGGUUGGUGUGUUUCUAGUAGUUUUGAUCAUUAUCUUCCAGGUUAUGAGGCUGUUGCCUAGUGGGAGGAAGAAUGUUAUGUAUCUUGCGUUUUAUGGAUCUGUGGUUGGUGCUGGAUCUUUCAUUCUACAUCAAUUCUCAAUGAUGGUGAACGUGAUUCUUGUUAACUUUGGAUUGAGUGAAGAUAUGUAUAACCCGGUAGCUAUACUUGUGCUUGUUGGGAUAGUUAUUACUGGAGCUGCUUUUGGAUUCUGGACUGUGAGGAGAUUUGUGGUUUCGAAAAACGGAGGAGGUGUGGAUGCUAGUGUUGCUCAGUUUGUGAAAUGGGCGAUGCGUUCUGUUGCUGCUACGUUUAUUUUACAGAGCAGUCUUGAUAUACCUUUGGCGAUGGGAGCUUUUGUUUCUGCUUGCUUGAUCGGUGUUGUUGUCAGCAAAGCUAAAAGCACUGUAGUUCGAAGUCUUUGGCUUGCUUCGGCUGAUGCUGGUGAUGAGAGACGUCCUAUUCAUGGAAGAGCUGAAUUUCUUAGUCGUCCUGGAGGUGGAUUGUGGAAGAGUGGUAGGACUGUACCUUCAUCUUCUGGCUCUCCUUCUUAUGGUAUGAUCAUACCGUCUUCAGUUAAUUGGAGAACACCGAUCAAAGAUCAGGAGUACUAUUCUACAUACCACAGGACGCCUAACCGGAAGAAGAUGUCGAAGAGAGAGUAUGACGAGUUGACACAAGAGACGACACGGGAAGCAAUGGCGGGACUUGCAGCUUCUCCAGGAUUCAGUGAUUGGUUAGUUGAGCAUGCUGACAGAAUCAAGCUGCUUCCAACUGAUAGCUAUGAUGACGAAUUGGAUAGCGAAUCAGAAUCAACCGGUGAACAAUCCUGGACAGGUCUUUUCUGGUAGAGAAUAAACAUCUUAGAGGCAACUCUUGACUACUUUGCACGACACAUACUGCUUAUUAUUAACUUGGCAUGAAUCAAAACGUUGUAAGGGUUUUAUAGCAUUCAGUGAGUUUAGGGAAUAGGUACGAGUUAGGUUUAGAAUCAAUCUUUGUACAAUCACAGUUUUCCAAUUUGACGCAGCUCACAUUUAAUUAUGUAAUUGUUUAAUGAUGAAAUUUGGUCCUUUCGUUUC